GCAUGCGUGUAAGAUGGUGGAACUGGCAGUACCAGCUGGGGAAGUAAAGUUUCAAUAAGAAAAAAUGGGUCGUUAACUUUGUAUUCUUUUAUACGUCUCACACUCCACGCAGAGAGUAUAUCGUCCAGAGACAGAAGGAUAAUCAUGACAGCUAACGAGGAUCAAGAGAUGGAGUUGGAGGCUCUUCGCUCCAUCUAUGAGGGAGACGAGUGUUUCAAGGAAAUCAGCUCAGUUUCCUUUCAGUUUAGGAUAGGAGAGCUUGAGGACACCAAAGCAUUCAUCCUGGACAUCACAUGGCCUGAGACGUACCCUGAGACGGCCCCACAAAUCUCCCUUGAUGCCUUUUUCAACAACAGAAUCUCUGCAGAGACAAAGCAGCUGAUCCUGUCAAAGCUGGAGGAGCAGGUGGAGGCUAACCUGGGCACUGCUAUGAUGUAUACUCUGUUUGAGUGGGCCAAGGAGAACCAGGAGGCCCUCAUGGAGAACCACAAGCCUGUAGUCACUGCUGUGACGUUGACAUCCAGCAGUGAGGUGACGACUGCCGCCUCAACAGCCAAGAAGGAGAAGAAGAAGGAGCAGCUGACUAAAGCUCAGAAGAGAAGGAUGGUCAACAGAACAGAUAACAAAGGAGAAUUGCCAAGAGGUUGGAACUGGGUUGACGUUAUCAAACAUCUGAGUAAAACAGGAGGAAAAGAUGAUGAUUAGGAACAGGGACCUGGUUCUGCUUUGUACAAGGACGUGUCAGUGAAGACUGAACUCACUGCGGCCUGUUGAUGCUGCUGGUCCUGUCUAGAUGCCUUCAAAUCCUUCAACUUCAACAUUUAGCACUCAACAUGGCUGCUUCCACCCUGAGAACCAAAGCAGGCUGGGUAAAGGUGGACUUCAGGAAAUACACACACACUCACACACAAACUGAGACUUUGAGUUGGGAAUGAUUUGUUGCUCUUGUUGUGUUUUAUGUGUUUGUGGAAUACAGCCAGGUGACGAGGAACAUAUCAUCAGGUUUUCUUGGUCAUGCACAGUUAGCACACAGAUAUUCUGCUCAGUCAUCCGUCAGGGUGGAGUGUGCUGGAGAUAACUUGCUGUCACUGCCAUGUAGUCAGUCUGAGAUCAGGCCCAGGAGCCAGGUACUGGAGCUGAAAGUGUUGGAUUGUGGUUCUAAAUGGGUGUGUCAAAGUGCAGAGAAACUUUUAAUAACACACAAACUGUUAAUCCUUUCACCUUUUCUUAUUUUGACAAAUGUUUUUUGCCCUAUGAAUUGAAAAACUUAAAUUUUUUAUAUAUAAAUAAAACUGAAUUUGGUCAA